AUGUUCGUCAUUCCGACAGCUCUGGUCGCCCCAAUAAACGUCGCAAAGUCGCAAUUGCUUGCGACGAAUGCCGUGCUCGGAAGGUCCGCUGUGACGGGAGACAACCCGGUGCUCUGUGGGCCGUGCGCAAAACGAGUGGACCAGGGAAGCCAAUGUGUUUACACGGGGGAAUUGGAGAAAAAGCGAGCAGUUCGCAAUUACAUCGAAAGUCUGGAAAGCCGGAUCAAGCAUCUAGAGAGUCCUCGUUCCUUCUAUGACAGUGGAGAAGGAGGGCUUGCGCAAUCUUAUGAUGGCUCGGACCAGUUGCAGCAUCAUGCCUCGCCCUCUUUGGAGGUGCCCGUUCGCCAAAACCGACCUAGGAGCAUUAUUUCUACAACUACGACGAAUGCGGACCAUCUUUCUCCGGCGCGAAGCACCUCACAAUACCCAACGGACAGUGUCAAUGCCAUGAUGGGUGCCGUGGAGGAUGAACGUCCCACACAGGGCUUUUUUGGUAGCUCUAGUGCUGCCAGCUUUAUCCGUCAAAUCAAAACUGCCAUAGAUAAGAAGGUAUCCUCGCCGAACCGCCACACUUCGGAUUCGAUUCUUGGGGUCGGUCCCCCUCCCAGUUUGAUGGCCACGAAGAAGCCACGGUUAUCCACAGUCCCCAACUAUGUCCUCCCUCCACGAAAGACGGCAGAUAGCCUCAUGGGGGUUUACUGGGAGUUUGCUUUCCCACUAUAUCCACUCGUUGACAGCCUUCAGUUGAGAAGAGAGUAUGAGAUGAUUUGGACUGGGGAGGCUCUUCAAUCUGAUGAAAACAUGCUUAUGUGUACCGUCAAUGUCAUUUUUGCACUGGCCUGUCAACUGGCUGACUUUAUCCCACCAGAGGAGCGAGAGGCUUCUGCAGAUGCAUUUUUUACUCGUGCAAAAGAUCUUCUUCAAUUCAACCUCUGGAACACAGGCUCCGCUGCUCUGAUUCAAUGUCUGCUUCUAAUGGCUCAGUAUUUGCAAAGCACCGACUCCGCCCAUCAGUGCUGGAUUGUCACCGGGCUGGCUAUCCGCAAUGCCCAAGGCCUUGGCUUGCACCUUCCCCAGACGAUCGCUCGUCUACAUAAUCCCCAGGAGCAACAGCUGGCUCGCAAAAUAUGGCACGGAUGUGUCCUGAUGGAUCGAGUUAUAUCAAUGACAUUUGGGCGCCCUGCCAUGAUCUCCAAGGCGUCAUGCGGAUCGGUCCCUCUCCCGGCUACGGUGGAUGAGGAGUAUAUCCCUGCAGUGUCUGGGUCCGAGGUGACUCAGCCAGCAGACCGACCAUCAGUCAUGGCAUUCUAUGCAAAGUCUCUUGAGCUUUAUGAAAUCCUGAACGACAUCUUGUUGAGUCUGUACAGUCCGACAACCGAUGAAAGCCCAGAAAACAUUUAUGACUAUUACUUCAAUAAAGAAGCAAAUCAGGGAGAGCGGACGAUAUUCGAACUCGACCGGGCACUUACGAAGUGGUCCCGAAGCCUACCAUCACACUUGCGAGGUGAAUCUCAUCUAGGGGGCGGAUAUACAGUUUUCUACCACCAAAGUGUUGUAUUGCGUGCAAGAUUCCUUCACGUAAGGAUGCUUCUCUUCAGACCCAUCCUGUCCAGAUACUGUACUUCACGUGAGAUCGGGAUUGCGGAUCCGAUGAUUUCCCUGCAAGACUCUUUUCCUCAGCGAGUUGCAUUGCAAUGCUCGACCAUUUGCGUCAAGGUCGCGCAAGAGGUUAUCGGGCUAAUACACAGUAAUAUGCCCGCCGAUGGAAGUUCAGGCCCUCUUCCUGCUUGGUGGUACAACAUACUGUCCGGUCGUCUCUGUCCUGCUAUAUUAGAAGAGGUGACUGAAGCUGCAAUCACGCAGUCGUGGGAAAACGCUUUGGAGGUAUUGCAAAGAUAUCAUAGCCACAGCACGUCCGCCCGGCGGUGUGUUGCAGCUCUCGAAAUUCUCUACGAACGGGUAGUAUCCGAAGGGCCUCCACUUCAUGACCACCAAACGAGCGCUUUCUCCACGAACCCUGCGUUUAAUGGUCUCGGCGAUCUCUCUUUAGGGGAGGGUGUCAAUUCAAUACUGUUGGAUAGCCUUGACUUCCCAGACUUUCAAGAUAUGUCAUGGUUGAACAGUGUUCCCAGCAACCUCUUCUGA